CGUCCAGUCCAGGCGUCCGUCGAUACAUCUUGGUCCGUCCCGUCCAAUCCAAACCACAGGCUUAGUGGAAUGUCUGAAUCAAGCUCCAUUGAGUUAGGUGCUAAAACACCAGAAAAAUGGAAACGGCCAGAAGAUGUUAUGAAGUUACACCGGCUGAGAAUGAAAAAGAAGGCGCUACAAGCACGAAUGAAUAGAUCGGAUAUCCCGCAACCCUCUCCAGUGUUAAACACAUCCGUGGACUCUGCAAUAACCAAGCGUAAAAAUCCUUUCAGAUCCAAUGAAAGCGGAUUAAGUGCAAACUUAAAGAAGGUGCGGACAACUGACGAAGAUGAACAUUCUAACGACGGCACUCUUUUCAAAUUGUUGAACAUAACAGAGCCUGAGAAAGACGUACCGCUAAACUUUACGAACAUUCUUAGCCGAAUUUCAAGCCCAGCUGGGCCUAAACUGAACGUGGUACUGCGAGAGGGAACCAAGGAACCUCCUGUUGACUGGACGCUGAGGACCAAAGUACGAUUUAUGGCUCAGAAACCGUUUCCUUGGAACACAACAUUAAGGACUUGUGAAGAAGCAUCUGGUAUCACUGGGUUCGUCAGGUGUGUGGACAGCACUAACAGCAGCUUGGAUACAAGUCCCAACGCGCAGUUCCACCAAUGCUGCCUUGUCUGGCAACACCCGGUGUUGCCGUGGCUGGAGUUGUACCCUAGACAAUCCACUAGGACGGCUGGAGCAGCUCAGUCUGCGCCUCACAUCAUAUCUCACCCUGCUGUACGAGACAGUCUGCAGAGGCACUGGGCCGACAGCUUCCGAUCACUUUAUCAGUUGCUAAGAGCUCGCCAAUGCCCCUACUUCUACUUUGUCACCAACUCCUUCAGCUGUUUGUUCCGGGCUGCAGGAGUUUGUGGCUUCCCUCACACCCAUGUUCUCAUAACCCCCACCACCAGGGGAUUCAGGAAAUCACUCUCUGAUCAAGAGAUUGAAUUCCGUAUGCCACUGAAGCCCCAGGAUAAGUCAGCUGAUGACGACACUGGCUACGAGACCCUGGACGCCUCAAGGAGUCCGGAGGGUGGAGCAUUGAGUACAACCGUAGUACCGGAUGAAGCUGAUGAGGAAGACGGGGAAGAGGCGGAGCAGUGGCUCCAGAGCAUGGGAGUGGAUUCUGCGGAAAUCAAGAGGAUUAGUAGCGUGCAGGCAGAUGCAGAUCUAGGCAAGGAGAAGAAGGUUGACCGCACUCCAGAGUCGCUGGUGCUGAUAGAAGACACGGAGGCGCACGUGUUGUUCAACAUGCUGCUCAACUGUAAGUCUACCAUCCCCACCACAGGGCCCUUGGCUGGGGUACCUCCCACACUGCUGGCCCCUGUCGCCUUCCAGGGGGCGACACUGAGGCCUCUCAAGGUUAGAGAAAGCAAAGUGCAGGUCGGAGGUGACAGCUACUACUCUAUGGAGAUGAGAGGCCCUAUUUUACCCACCACUGUGCAGCAACUCUGCGAACUGCUUCACUCCAGCUUGGACCAGUUCUCAAUCACUUUGGCCAGCCAUGAGACCACAAAGGGGUUCACACUCAGCGGCCAUUACACAACCAUUAGUAAUUCUACCACAGACAAAGAGAACGCAGAAGAUUGCAGCAGCAACUCAGCUUUCCGUCAGGAAGGCCUCAGUGACUGCGGACAAUCUGCAGAUGUGCUGCGGAGAUUCUGCAGCAACAACGGGAAAUGCCUGCAGCAAUUUGAUAGUCUUAAGUAUUCGGACAAUAUUUACUCUUGGACAUGAUCAAAUCAUGUUACCUUGUGUAAAUAGAUAAUAUUUAAGUUUGUAUAAAGAAUUUAAUCUUUGAGACUGUUUUAAACAUUAAGCUUAGUGUUUUAUAGUUAUUUUUUAACAGUUGUAAUUUUUUGACAACAGUUACUGUGUGAUACAUUAACGUCAGCUGUAAAAUAUGCACUUUGUGCAAUUUUUUGAAAUCAUUUUUUUAUUGACUUGCAAGUCAAACUUUAUUGGCUGACGAUAAUUUUUAAUUAUUUAUCAUUGCCAGUUUUAACUUGCUUGACUGAGGUUUUAACUCGUAUUUAAAUAUAAGUAAAUUGUGAUCAUGGUAUAGAUAACCAUUUGUACAAAGAAAGAUAAUAAAAAAUCAUAUUUUACCUAAA